AUGGAUACUUCAUUAUCUGAAGAAUCGAUUCCAGAGGUGAUUGCAAAGCAAUCGGUAUUAACUAUUAAUAUAUUCAUUAUGGACCAAUGUGAUCAGAUGUCUUUAGAAAAUAAAGAAACAGAUGCUUUCUUGGAUGAAUCUCAAAAGGACCAGAGGCCUCAAAUUCUUGACUCGAUUACUCAGCCAUACAAUAGCACAUCAUCAAAAGCAUCAGCUAAUUCAAAUAGUGAGGAAGUACCUUCAAAAGAGAAAAUAGCUCAAUUAUGUGAUAAAGCUUUUGAUGCUGGAGAUAAAGCAAAUCAAGCUAAUCAGGAAAAAAUUUUAUGCUGUUUGCGCAAGAAAACUCAGAGAGCUAAGAAAAUCUAUAAAUUUAUCGAACAAGUGGGAUUAGAUAAAAUCAAGUAUAUUAAAUCUUAUAGUGCAACUUCUAUUUCAAAGCUUACUAAUGAACAAAUUCAAGAGGUUAUAGAUUAUGGAAUAUUUUCGGAAAAGUUACUUCUGGUAACAGAUCAUGUGACUGAAAUUUCUGAGACAUCAUGUUCCAGAAAAAAUUUGCCUAAGAAUACUCCAUCAAAAACUGAGGAGUUCCAGAAUAACCAGAUAAGUGCACUUAUUCCUUCAACUCAUAACUCUAAUUCUUCAAAUAAUUCCUCUGGGACCAGUCCAGUACAAAUGAUUUCACCAGCCACACCUCAAGCAAGUGUAUCACCCAUAUCAAUUCCUAGGACUAAUCCAACUUAUAACCGAUCCUAUUUUUGUAACAAAACAUUGGAUCAAUAUCCUAAUGUAUAG